GCCGUUUGCUCCGGCGCGAUCAUGGCUACGCCUUUGGGGACGACACCCGGAGGGACGACCCCCGCAGGGGCUACCCCGACCGGGACCACACCCGAGCCCGAGGGAGAUGCUGAACCCCAGGAGCAUGAAAAAAUUUUGUGUCUAGAUUUUCUUUCAUUUGCCCAAAUUUCUGAAUUGCUAGAAGAAGAUGUAGAUGGAGUUCAACAAAAGCUGGAAGAGUUUUUAAAUUUCAAAAGUCUUCAAACUUGUUUAAAGGAAGCCAUUCUACUUGAUUAUUAUGUAUCUGGAUUUUUGUGGGCUAGAGAAAUGGAAUUUUCUGUUAUUCAGUAUUCAAAAUUUAUGACUUUGCUACAUAUGUUACUACAUAAUCUGAGAACACUGCAUAUGUCCUUAGAAGACAGCAUAAAAUGGCUUGGAGAAGUUAUGGCUGAAAUAGGACCACCCCACUCAGAAAACAAUGAGAAAUGGCAUAUCUUUGAUGUAAAACAAGCCAAUGCUAUCAUUGAUUACUUAAAAAUCAGCUUAUUUCAACACUACAAGCUAUAUGAGUUUCUAUUCUACUCUACCAGGGAAGAAAUUGUUAUAGGAACUGAGCAAGUGAUAGAGGUUAUAAAACCUACAGACGACCGUUUCCCAGAACCUCUAGAGGAAGGAAUUGCAUUCGAUAUUUACUCAACAUUCAUAGCGCCACCUCCAACACUGGAUACAGAAAUGAGGGAGUUGGAUCAAGAACAAGGUCCUGAUGAGUCCCAGACAGAAAUCUGCACUUCAGACAUGGAUCCUUUGGUUGGUUUCACCAUUGAAGAUGUAAAAUCAGUAAUGGAUGAAGUCAAAGAUGAUAUAAUCAGCAUUCAGACCGAGAUAAACGAAAAGCUGCAAAUACAGGAAGAGGCCUUUAAUACACGAAUAGAAAAACUGAAAAAGGCCUGAAGACUCGGUACAAGGAGACUGAUGCUAAACUUCACAGAAACAAACAAAACCAGCCAGAAUAAUAGACUCCACAGAGCAGUGUAUCUCCUUCAUUUAGUUGUGAGAGGAAAACAAAGUCCCACUUUUAUUAUCCUAAAUAAUUAGAAAAGCAUUGGCCCCAAUUUGCUAUCUCCUGUCCCGUAACAGGCUCUGAAUUUAUUGCAUUGAGGGUAAUAAGAACAUUUUGUAUACAAGAGUUUGGAGAAUUAUAUGUAAAAAUACAAUUAUUUUCACGACAUGCCUUUGACAUUUUAAAUAAUAAACACUAUUCAUCUUCAAGGA